AUGACCAAACUUUUCUUUCUCAUCUCUCUCAUCCUCUUACUAAUCCCUUUCUCCUCUCAAUCUGAAAAACAGAAACCCCCAACCGCCGCCCACAUCGAGCUCACAAAUUACGGCUUCCCAAUCGGGCUCCUCCCUGCCUCCGUCAAAAAUUACACUCUCAACCAGACCUCAGGUAUAUUCUCCGUCGACCUGGUUGGCACGUGUAAGAUCACUCUCCCUCCUGACAAUUACUUGGCCACAUACUCCAAAAGGGUUAGUGGGAAGAUCGUUCAGGGUCAGAUCGCGGAGCUGGAUGGGAUCCGGGUGUGGGCAUUUUUUAAGUGGUGGUCAAUAACCGGGAUUAGGUCUAGUGGAGACAAUUUGGUUUUUGAAGUUGGUGUGGUUACUGCUAAAUAUCCUUCCAAUAAUUUUGAUGAGAGUCCUCUCUGUGAGGGCAAACACUCUGCUUCUUAA